CCUGCCCUCGCCCGUACCCAGUCGUCCCCUGCCAGUGUCAAGCCCCCUGCGCCCGAGGGGACCCCCAAGCACGUCUUCACCACAGGUGUGGUGUACGACACGUUCAUGCUGAAGCACCAGUGCACCUGUGGGAACACCACCAUCCACCCGGAGCACGCCGGCCGCAUCCAGAGCAUCUGGUCCCGGCUCCAGGAGACAGGCCUGCUGGGCAAGUGUGAGCGGAUCCGGGGCAGGAAGGCGACGCUGGAGGAGAUCCAGACGGUGCACUCGGAGCACCACGCGCUGCUCUACGGCACCAGCCCCCUCAACCGCCAGAAACUGGACAGCAAGAAGCUGCUGGGUCCCAUCACCCAGAAGACAUACGCUGUGCUGCCGUGUGGGGGCAUUGGGGUGGACAGUGACACGGUGUGGAACGAGCUGCACUCCUCCAGCGCGGUGCGCACGGCCGUGGGCUGCCUGCUGGAGUUGGCCUUCAAGGUGGCUGCAGGGGAGGUCAAGAACGGCUUCGCUGUCAUCCGCCCCCCAGGCCACCACGCCGAGGAGUCCACAGCCAUGGGCUUCUGCUUUUUCAACUCAGUGGCCAUCUCGGCCAAGCUGCUGCAGCAACGGCUCAGUGUGGGCAGGAUCCUCANGAUCCCAUGGGACAUCCACCACGGGAAUGGGACCCAACAGGCCUUCUACAGUGACCCCCACGUCCUCUACAUCUCCCUCCACCGCUACGACGACGGCAACUUCUUCCCAGGCAGUGGAGCUCCCUGGGGAGGUGGGCUAGGAGUGGGAUACAACAUCAACAUCGCCUGGACCGGCGGCGUGGACCCUCCCAUCGGGGGCGUGGAGUAUCUGACUGCCUUCAGGACGGUGGUGAUGCCCAUUGCCAACGAGUUCUCCCCGGACCUGGUGCUGGUCUCCGCCGGCUUCGACGCCGUCGAGGGUCACCUGUCCCCCCUCGGUGGCUACUCUGUCACAGCCAAGUGUUUUGGGCACCUGACGAAGCAGCUGAUGAUGCUGGCGGGAGGCAGAGUGGUGCUGGCGCUGGAGGGGGGGCAUGACCUGACAGCCAUCUGUGAUGCCUCUGAGGCUUGUGUCUCUGCCCUGCUCGGCCUGGAGUUGGAGCCCCUGGAUCCAUCACUCCUGCAGCAGAAGCCGAAUGUGAACGCCGUGGCCACACUGGAGAAAGUCAUCGAGAUCCAGAGCAAGCACUGGGGCUGUGUGCGGCGCUUCGCGGCGGCCGUGGGUCGGACCCUGCUGGAGGCUCAGCGUGGAGAGGCCGAGGAGGCUGAGACAGUGACAGCCAUGGCUCUGCUCUCGGUGGGCGCCGAGCAGGGAGGGGGAGACCCCCAGCCCAG